UGACGCUUGACGCUUGACGCUUGACGCUUGACUCACUCACGACACCGAUUACCAGGUGGGCUUUCACUACUUUUACUACUGGAUACUACACUGCAUCGUGCACGCUACACUACUUGCUACCUAGGUGGUCACUCCAUCCAGAAUCCAUAUCCAUAUCCAACCCCAUAUCAAGAUCCGUUUGCUUAUAGAAUGACGACAACAAAUUCGCAUUGAUUGGUCUUCGAAUUUCUCCUUUUACAGUUACAGCCAAGUUUAUGCGAUCAAUCCCCAAUUUAUUAUCUACUUCACCUGCGAUAUAGGCGCUAUCGUUAAAAUCGCCAAUAAAAAAAUCAAAGCCAACCCACUCACGGAUUCCACCCUAUCAGUCUUGAUUGUUUAUUCCGAUAUCAACCACCCUCCUCUAUACUAAAACUUAUCACAUCACCCACCUGAAUCGCAUGUAUGUCUUAUAGGGCUCACCAGAUAUCCUCCAAUACACACGAAUUGAAUUCAGUGACCGGAUUACAAAACAACUCGUGGAAGACCUCAAAUCCCAUAUCUGGAAAUUCUUCAAGGGUAUCCUCUCGCAGUCCUACCGUUCGGACUCACGACUUCGCACAAAAAGCACAAGAAGGCGAAGUGUCACUAGUUAGUCCAUUGACCGACGAACAAGAAAAUUCCGAUUUAGAAUCCGACGACGAGAUGGAAGGACGAAGACCUACAUUACAUCGUCCUACCGAUGGCCGUUCACAUCAACCUUUAUUACACAAAAAUGAUGAUCCCGAGAGAGGGAGGUUAGGAUACAAUGCUCCUCAAGAUGCACCCGAACGUCCUACAUUUUCGAGACGAUCUACUAUGCGAAGUCGUAGUCCGGAUACUCAAGCAAAAUUAGAUACGAGAAAGAAAUAUACAUACGCAGCCUUUUUUUUGGGCUUGAGUUUGGUCAGUUUCGUGAUACAAACCGAAACGGCUGUGUAUAUACAACAUCAAUUAGGGUGGAAUAAAGCAUACUGCAUGUUAUACUUUACUCACGGAUCUUGGUCACUAUUAUGGCCUACUCAACUUUUAAUAUUGCGAUUACAAAAAUGGAAAAUGCCAUGGAAGACAUUCUGGAGAAGACACGUAUAUCUCAUUCGAACAACCGCACAAAUGGUAGAGUCAGGUCAACUAGACGUUCCGCGAGGCCAACGAUCUCCAAUUCCGUAUAUGCUCAGAAUGACCGCAUUCGUUACAUGCGCUCUCACAGUUGCCGGUGGAUCAUGGUACGUGGCAGUGAAUUUAACAUCGCCAUCUGAUCUCACGGCUAUAUACAAUUGUUCGGCUUUCUUCGCAUAUGCAUUCAGCGUUCCUCUCUUAAAAGAACCUCUUAGAUGGGAUAAAUCAUUUGCGGUUAUGGUUGCGAUUGUUGGGGUUUUGAUCGUGGCAUAUGGAGAUUCCACACCCACAAAACAUGGAGGAAAAUCUGGAGGUUCAGUGGGUGGAAAGCCUGGGGAUGAAGAUGACGAGGCAUCGAAUAGAGUUUUGGGAAACCUGGUUAUUGGUGUUGGCAGUGUUUUAUAUGGUUUCUACGAAGUUUUGUAUAAGAAAUUGGCUUGUCCUCCAGAAGGAACAAGUCCCGGUCGCGGCAUGAUUUUCGCAAAUACAUUCGGCUCCCUCAUCGGCUCAUUCACUCUUCUCGUUCUCUGGAUUCCUCUACCAAUUCUUCAUCUCACUGGACUCGAAACCUUUGAACUUCCCCAUGGCGAAGCGGCUUGGAUGCUUGCCAUUUCUGUCCUCGCAAAUGCGACUUUCUCUGGAAGUUUCUUGGUUUUGAUUAGUCUUACAAGUCCCGUUCUAAGCAGUGUCGCUGCACUGUUGACAAUUUUCCUCGUCGCAAUUGUGGAUUGGGCUUUCACGGGGGUACCAUUGAGUCCGGCAGCUGUUUUGGGGGGAUUGUUGAUUAUUGUGGCAUUUUUGUUACUGAGUUAUAGUACAUUUAGAGAAAUGCAGGACGAUAGGGGAAAGAGAGAAGUGGAUCUCAGUGAUAAUGAUUCGGAUAGUGAUAAAUUCGAUGAUUAGAUAGGCGCCCUUAGGCGGACUGGUGGUUUAUAAGACGGGUGGCUUCUUUACAUAGGAUUAGGGUUGCAUUAAAUUUGGAUUGGAUAGAUCCAUCUGGGUUACAGGAUUGCUUUUGGGUGCGUAACCCAGGUAUUUGGAACAGCGUACAGGUAUAGGCCAAUCGUAUGGCAAAUUAGAAUUUGCAUCUAGAUGGCGCAGGCGUUUCUGGACAUCAUAGCGUACCUUUCAAUAGAGAAUUGAUAGGUUUUUGUUUCUGGUC